AUGGAGUUAUCAGGUGUUACCUUGAAUGGGUUUACAUGUGUUGUAGCAUUCAUAGGAGGCCUUAUCUGGUUGGGGCUAAGCUGGAACAAGAAGAAGAAGAAGACAUAUCACCUGCCUCCAGGUCCUCCCGGAUGGCCUCUUGUAGGCAAUCUCCCUGAAAUCAUACGCUUGAAGCAACCAUUCCAGCAGUAUGCUCACAAACUCCAUAAAAAAUACGGCCCAAUCAUAACCCUGAGAUUGGGUUUUCGUCCUUCGAUUAUAGUAGCCAGCCACGAGCUCGCUUAUGAAGCCUUAAUACACAAGGGUUCCAUCUUUGCCACCAGACCAGCUGUGAAGGGGCCCCGCGGUAAGCUUUUCCAAGACAGCCAGGCGAACAUCGCGAUGGCCGCCUACUGCCUACAGUGGCGAACAUUGAGACGAAAUCUGGUGAGUGAAACUCUGAGCACCUCUUCACUCAAGUCCUUCUGGAAGGGCAGGGAAUGGGGAAUGGAGAUUUUGUUGGAAAGGCUAAGAAACGAGGCAGAACAAGGUGCAGGGGUUGUGAAAUUGAUUGACCACUUGAGGCAUGCAACAUUAUGUAUUCUCCUCUACAUGUGUUUUGGGACCCGCUUGGAAGAGAAAACCGUGAGAGACGUCGAGGGCAUCCUCAGGGAAAUACUUCUGUGCUUGGGGAAAGCGGAAUUCGAUGAUUUUUUCCCAGUUUUGGAGUUUCUAAAUAGAAAGCGGCGGAAGCGGUUGCAGGGGAUCCGUCAGCGCCAGAUGGAAAUCUUAACUGAGCUUAUUAAUCGGCGCCGAGCUGUCUUAGCGGAGGGCAAGGAGGAGGAGUGCAGAGCAUACAUUGAUACUUUGCUUUGUUUGAGGGUGGAGGACGGAAGAGGGCUGAAUGACGACCAAAUGGUGACGCUCUGCACGGAAUUCCUGAAUGCCGGGACGGAUACGACCUCUACUACUCUGCAAUGGUUGAUGGCAAACUUGGUGAAAGAUGAAGGCAUCCAGAGCAAAUUGUACGAGGAAAUAGUGAAUGUUGUGGGUAAGGAAAAAGCGGUGGAAGAGGAGGAUGUUUCGAAAAUGGUGUAUGUGGAGGCUGUGGUGAAGGAGACCCUGCGACGCCACCCGCCGGGGCAAUUCGUUUUGGGGCACGCAGUUACAGAGGCGUCCACUGUUGGUGGGUAUGAUGUUCCGGCGGAUGCAAUUAUCAAUUUCGCCGUCUGGGAAAUGGGUAAUGAUCCCCAAGUAUGGGAAAAUCCUGACGAAUUUAGGCCAGAACGGUUCCUGAGUGAUGAAGUGGAUCUGACGGGGAGUAGAGAGAUAAAGCUGAUGCCGUUUGGCGUGGGGAGGAGGAUUUGUCCCGGAAUUGCAUUGGCUAUGAUGCAUGUUCAGCUUGUGGUGGCCCGAUUGGUGCAGGAAUUUGUGUGGGAGAGCAAACCGGGAGAGCCCGUUGAUCUUACGGAGGUGCAGGAAUUCACAAUAGUAAUGAAGAAUCCACUGCAUGCCGUAAUAAAACAGAGGGAUUGA